AUGUCCAUCUCAAUGCAAAACGACACCGUUCAAGCCUCCUCAUCUUCAUCAAGACCCGGUGCCACCGCCGAUCAACCAACGGCGGUGGCUCCUUUAAGCCGCUACGAAUCACAAAAGAAACGUGACUGGAACACGUUUGGACAAUACUUAAGAAACCAAACACCUCCGGUUUCUUUGUCUCAGUGCAACUUCAACCAUGUUCUUGAGUUUCUUCGUUACCUAGAUCAAUUUGGAAAGACUAAGGUUCACUUGCACGGUUGUAUCUUUUUCGGACAACCCGAUCCGCCUGCACCGUGCACAUGUCCGUUGAGACAAGCUUGGGGGAGCCUCGAUGCGCUCAUCGGACGGCUUAGAGCCGCGUACGAAGAACACGGUGGUUCCCCGGAGAAUAACCCGUUCGGAACCGGAGCUAUUAGAGUUUAUCUUCGGGAAGUUAAGGAGUCUCAAUCAAAGGCUAGAGGGAUUCCUUACACAAAGAAAAAGAAGAAGAGGAGUCAACUUAAGGGAACUCAAAAUAAUUCUUCCAAGUCCUUCAAGCAAUUAGCUUCUUGA